GUUACAGAUGAUAUCACUUCACAAAUGAGAAUUUGAAGAAUAUGGAAACAUUUCACAGCAUAGUGAAACUAUAUUAUACAUUUCUUGCUGUCAUUGGUGUCCCUGGGUCUUUCCUGAACAUCACACCUGUCUGUAGUGUUAUCAUGGUCAUGCUUUAUGCAGCCACAGAAUGUUCAGUCUGGUUUACCGUCACUUUCUCCUUUGAUCGAUUUGUGUCCAUUUGUUGCCAGAAGCUGAGAACAAAGUAUUGCACUGGGAAAAUUGCAACUGUGGUUCUAACAACAACUUGCUUUUUGAUCUGUUUGAAAGACGUACCCUUCUACUUUAUGUUUGAAGCUGGGGAAGUAAUUAACAAUGUUUCCUGGUUUUGUAAUGAGAAAGAAAGCUACUACACUGAUCCCAACUGGAUAGCAUUUGACUGGUUUGAUAAGAUAUUCACACCAUUGCUUCCAUAUGUUUUAAUUUUGUUGCUCAAUGCUCUGACUGUUAGAUAUAUUUUAGUCAUGAGUCGAGUCCGUAAGGGACUGAGGGGUCAUCGUGAUGGAGAGAAACACCAAGACCCAGAGAUGGACGGCAGAAGGAAGUCUGCAAUUUUACUCUUCACCAUAUCUGGCAGCUUCAUUCUUUUGUGGCUUGUGUAUAUUAUAGACUUCUGCUUUUACAACAUUUUGGGAAUUAUUCCUGAAUAUUCCAAUGAUUUUUUGUUUGUUUUAGCUGAAUUUGCAGUUAUGCUGUCCUGUUUAAAUUGCUGCACAAACUCAUUUAUUUAUGGAGUGACUCAAUCCAAGUUCCGAGAAGAAUUCAAGAGCAUGAUGAAACAUCCACUUACAUUAUUUAUCAAAGUACUUAAUAAACCAAAAAAGUGA